AUGUGCUUGGAGAACUAUUGUUCUGCAUGUGAAUGGAUCACCUAUCAUGUAUAUUCCGAGGUUUCAUCUCUGCAGCAGCCCAACAAUGCAAGUCGCCCCGAGCUCUACCUGAUCCCCCCUACCAAACACUCUCCCAACUCUCCCUUUCCCGUUAUCGUCUUUCGCGGCGCCCUUCUUGAUCGUACUCCAACCGGUGCCUUGGAAGCCAUAGAGCUAUCUGAAUGGGCCCACGGUGGUCAUUGGAAAAUUGGUGGCGAGAAGGUCGCCACCACACCUCAUUAUCACGGCACGACCCACGAAGCCUACACCGUUCUCCAGGGAAAUGAGAAGAGGAACUCCGUGGGCGUGAAGUUUGUCGCGAAAGCAGGUGAUGUCUUUGUCUUUCCGGCUGGAGUCACGCACUACGUGACUGAGACGGAGGACGACUAUGAAAUCAUCGGGUUCUAUUCCUUGAACGACCGAAACUCCAGCGAGAGCCCGUAUAAUAUGGAGUAUGCCUUAGACUCGAUUGAGAAGACCGAUGAAAAGCGGCAGAUGUGCAGGCAAGUGCCUGUUCCGGCCCACGAUCCGAUCUACGGUACGGAAGGGAUUCCGAGAAUCUGGCGAGAGGAGUGA